CGCCGGUGGGCAGUGGAGAGGAGGGGAGGGGAGCCAUGGGACUGGUGCCUUUAUUCAAAUGCCUCGUUGUUGACGAUUCUCCCGCGUCUUCUGCGGCUCUGCUGCUCCCAUCCUCCCCAUCCCCUCGCUUCCCUUGGCUUCCUUCCAACGCCGGGGCGACGCGCUGCCCGAAAUUUUGUGAGCCUCUCCCAUAUUGUGCCAGCCAGCGAGCGCGAGUGCGAGUGCGGAUCUCUGAUCUGGCUUAACAGCCAGCCAGCGGACUCUUGCAAGCGAGCUCCAGUGUGUCGGCAUGGGGUUCUUGUCAUUCGCUGGCCGAGUGCUGUUCGCGGCCAUCUUCAUCUUGGCCGCAUGGCAAAAAGUGAAUGACUUUGGACAGGACGGAGGUGGUGCAAUUAAAACUUUGAACCCGAAGUUCGCAACAUUCAGGGGUCAUGUCUUCAAUACUCUUGGAUUUGAAUUGCCAGAAAUCAAGACAAAGCAUCUUUUGAUGACAGCCAUAGGUCUUGAGGGAAUUGGAGGAAUUCUCUUUAUUUUUGGCAGCAACUUGGGAGCUUACUUGCUGCUAAUUUUUUUGGCCGCUGUCACUCCUAUCAUGCACGACUUCUACAAUUACGACUUUUCCAGCCCUGACUAUGUUCUUCACUUCAUGCAAUUUCUGAAGAACUUGUCUCUGUUUGGUUCUCUGCUCUUUUACCUGGGGAUGAAGAACAGUGUCAUGAAGACGAUGAAACGGAAGCAGUCGAUGAAGGUCAAAGCCGUUUGAUAGUGAGGAAGCUUGUCCCAGAAAAGCCGUGUUGAGAUCAAAAUACCUCGCCUUCGUGACAAAUAGAUGAUAGUGAGGAAGCUUGUCCCACAGAAGCUGUGUUGAGAUCAAAGUACUUCGCUUUCGUGACUAAUAGAUAAAUUUAGGCGUCUACUCAUUGGAGUUGACAGACACUUUUCUGCGUUUUUGAAGGGAGUAUAUUGUGAGAUUGUCUAGGGACAACAGAGGUGGUGUAAAGCUCAUUUUGGAAAACAGUCGGGAAAAACACAUGCAGAUAACGUCCCUUGGUUGAAACAUACAGGGGCGCAGUUAGGUCUAGCAAUCGUUGUCUGAAAAUAGAUGAACUCGGGCCAUAAUCUCUAACCAGGGUUGGACGAGCAGUAGACCAGAGUCGCCGCAAGCAUUUCGCGAAGUUUAGACGCAAAACGUAGUAUAUAGAGAAGGGAAAGGGUGAGUAAUGUGUCAUUUGUCUUCGUUUCCUACCUUUCAUUAUUUCAAUGUGAAAUUGGUCGAUUUAACAAUUACCAAUAGUCCA